AUGCUCACCCUCGUCACCGGAGCCAACGGCUUCAUCGCCGCGCACUGCAUCGCCGCCCUGCUGCGCGCCGGCCACUCCGUCCGCGGCACAGUGCGCACCCCCCAGAAAGCCAGCGCCACUGUAGCUGCCCUGCUCGCCGCCGGGGUCGCCCCGCUGGACCGGCUGGAAAUCAUCGUGGUGGCCGAUCCCGCCGACCUGCAGCAAUUCGCUCCCGCGGUGGCAGGCUGCGACGCCAUCCUGCACCUCGCCUCGGCCUUCACCUACGACGCGCAGCCGGGGCAAUUCGAGCAGCGACUCCUGCUCCCAGCGAUCCAGGGCACGACCGUUGCGUGUGAGGCGGCACACCGUUUUCCGACCGUGCGGAAGUUGGUGAUCAUGUCCUCGUUCGCGGCUGUCUACGACGCGGCGCAGGGCUUGCAGCCUGGACGGAUAUACACAGAGGAGGACUGGAGUCCGUUGGGGUAUGAGGAGGGGCGGGACACGGAGAAUGUGGCCAUCGCAUACCGCGCAUCCAAGGUCCUCGCCGAACGGGCUGCUUGGACAUACGUGAAGGAGCACGCGGUGGACUUCCAACUCGUGACGCUCUGUCCCGGAAUGGUGUUUGGGGAAAUGAUUCAUCCGAUACCCUCGCUGGAGCAGCUGAACGCCAGUAAUCGCAUUGUCUGGGAGGUGGCGCAGGGGGGACGCGAGGCACUCCCGCCGACCAAGGCUCCGGUCUGGGUAGAUGUGCAGGACCUGGCUGGGACCUGUCUUCGCGCCUUGACGACAACCCUCCCCUCGCACCAACGGUUCCUGGUCACCGAAGGGGCGUACGACACGCAGGAGAUCGCGGAUGUACUGCGCGAGGCCGUUCCCGCUGCCCGGGAGCGUGUUGCGGUGGGCAGUCCGGGGCAUCGGAUACGGGACACCCAUUACGCUUGCGAUGCUGGGAAGGUGAAGCAGAUGCUCGGGGUCCAGUUUCGGGGGCUGCGCGAGUCGAUUGUUCCUUUGGUUGAGCAAUUGUAUGCGAUGGAAGCUGCUCAGGGGAAUUUGGAGUCAUAG